AGCGUAAACACGGAAGUGAAAAUACAGCACAGUUUUACCUCAUUACAGCGACUUAAUACAUAUAUUUCAGUUAUUUACUACAAGAAAUAAAAUCACAAACUAAUAUAUCGCACCCUUUUCUCCAUGGCAUGCCUUGUUAAAUGCAAAAACGCUACUAUUUCCUUCCUGCCGUAAAGCGGCGUGACGAAUAACGAUCGCCGUUGUUGUCAGACGGCACACUGUUACUUGCAAGAUGUACCCUUCAAACUGGAAUGUUUUGGGUUUUUUGUUCCAAUUUGUAGCCUGGCAACACACGCUUGCCCUCCAGGAUGUAACGACCGACCUGUUCGGCGCCGGAAACAACGGUACGGUGGCGGCGUUCGGAGACUUUAACGCCGACAAGCAGACAGACAUCUUCAUCAUCAGGGAACAGUCCGAGCUGGUAAUCUUUUUAGCAGACUCCAAAGCACCUUACUUCAAGCCCAAGGUGCACAUAUCAAAAGGAAUCUUGCCAAGUGACACGAUCCUCACCAGUGUGGUGCCUGGUGACUAUGAUGGAGAUUCCCAGAUGGACGUUCUCCUCACGGCUCAGAUCAAUCUGAUGGCGUCCUCGGUUUUCAUCUUUUGGGGGGACAACCAGACAUUAGACAUGACUGGUUGGCUCAAACUGAAUAAAACCUUCAGGGAUCAACCUCUGGUGAUGGAUUUCAACGGUGACAUGAUACCGGAUAUAUUUGGAGUCACAGACCCGUCGACCACAGAAUUUUGCUCUCUGACCAAUAGAGAUCCGGUGUGUCAGAGCGCACUGAGUUCGCCAGUCAACAUGCGCAUCCCUCACGCUAACGCCUUCAUCGACCUCAACAAAGACUUAACCGCCGAUUUGUUCCUGACAACAGAAGGGCCAAAGUUUGAGACUUGGAUCAGCAAGGAUGGCAACUUCAGCCGAGGAACUGUUCUGCCUGAAGACCCUCCGUUCCCCAACGUGGGACAAUCAUCCUUUGCUGAUUUUGAUGGCGACGGCUACCAGGACCACCUCCUACCCCUGUGCUUAGAUGAAGCAUGCCAACGCAGCGCCAUUUACCUGGCCAAGUCGGGCUCCAAAGAGUGGGUCCCCGUGCUGUCCGACUUCCAACAGAGAGGGACGGUGUGGAGCUUCGUGCCAGGGAAGCCCAGCCAGCCUCUGUCCUUGCACGUGGGGGACUACAACCUGGACGGCUUCCCCGACGCCCUGGUGGUCCUCCGCAACACCAGCGGCAGUUCCAGUGCUCAGCAAGCCUUCCUGUUGGAGAACGUUCCAUGCACCAGCUCCGCUCUGCCCUGCCAGAGCGUUGGCCGGAUGUUCCGCAUCCACUGGGACCAGUCGGACCUGGGCGCCAUCCCUAAUGCAAUCAUGGCCACCUUCUUUGACAUCUACGAGGACGGCAUAUUGGACAUGCUGGUGGUGAACCAGGUGGAGGGCAAGAAAGACUUGGUCAUCCACGCCUUGAAGAACAACUUUGAAGCCGAUGCCUACUUUGUGAAAGUCAUGGUGCUCAGUGGCCUCUGCUCCAAUGACUGUCCUGGAAACGUUAAGCCAUUCGGCGUUAACCAGCCGGGCCCGUACGUCAUGUAUACCACUGUGGACUCCAACGGCUACCUGAAGAAUGCCUCAGCUGGUCAGUUGAGCCAGUCGGCGCACUUCUCCCUGCAGUUGCCCUACACUGUGCUGGGCCUGGGACGCAGUGCCAACUUCCUGGACCACUUGGUGGUCGGCAUCCCGCACCGACCUGGAGAAGCGGAGUCCAGGAAGCAGGAGUGGACAGCCAUCAUCCCCAACUCUCAACUCAUUGUCAUCCCGUACCCGCACAAUCAGCCCAGCAGCUGGAGCGCCAAACUGUACCUGACACCCAGUAACAGCGUGCUGCUGACCGCCAUUGCCCUCAUUGGCGUGUGCGUCUUCAUCCUCGUCAUCAUCGGCAUCCUCCACUGGCAGGAGAAGAAAGCAGACGACCGGGAGAAGAGGCAGGAAGCCCACCGCUUCCAUUUUGAUGCCAUGUGACCAGCCGGCGUUUAGUCGUGGCGGAACGCCCCCACCUGACCCCUCUUUACCUGCACGACCAUACCUGCUGUUACCGUUCCCUGGGCCUCUUAUUUGCACCCCUUCACACGCACGUUAUCUACCCCGCUUACCUGUUACCUGCCCGCCCCCCCACUUCACCUGUUCUUCACCCGUUAAAUUACCCC